GGUUCUGGGUGCUGCAUUACACAAGCAAGGUACAGCCAGCUCCACCUAAUUUUGUUUCUCUGGCACCCUCCUGCUUAGUGGGACGUCGUCACGCUUAACCCAUCUGCUUUCUCUAAUGCACAGCAGAAGCAUUUUAGCUGGGACAGCUGUGAUAUUUGAAUUCCUGUUUGUAAAUACCUCCUGGACUUGAAGAUUUCCUGAGUAACACCAAUACCAAAGAAGGCUACAAUGUUGACCUCAGCCCAAAUUCUGUUGAUUUCAACCUUGUUUAGUUUACUACUGUUUGUGAGCCAUGGGAAAGAAAGUCUGAAAGUAAACACAACACAAAACAUUGCAGAAGAUUUAAAAAAUAUGGCAAAAGAAUAUGUUCCUUGGAAAAGUGCAGCAGAUUUCAACUUAGGUAGAGAAAAUACAGAAACCUCCAAUCCCAAAGCAAGUAAUUCCUCUCUCUGGGAUCCAUCAAAUAAAAGUGACGGAACAACAGAUUUGGUGGAUAAUUUGAUCACGAACUUUCCCAGGAAUCCAAGACCCACGCUCGCAUUUUCCAAAAGCCCUCCCUUGAUCCACAGCCAUACUUCUAAACUGCCUCAGAACUCAUCUGCAGCAGGUGAAAAUUCUCUGUCCGUCUCAGCACCUCCCAAUGCUACAUCUGCUGUAUCUUCAGAAAAGUUCACUUGGUCUUUGGCCAAUGAUACCAUGAAAACGGACAACAGUUCCAUUACAUUUAGCACCCUCCCUUCGGCACCAACCACCAUAUCUAUGAGCCCCAUGACAACGGAACCAGAUGGAUGGCUUAUCCCUACCAAUGACAGCUUUGUGGGGUUUACCCCCUAUCAGGAAGCGACUCUACAGCCCACCUUAAAAUUCACCAAUAAUUCAAAAAUCUUUCCAAAUACAUCAGACCCCCAAGAAGAGAAUAGAAACACAGGAGUAGUAUUUGGGGCCAUUUUAGGCGCUAUUCUGGGUGCUUUCCUGCUUAGUCUGGUUGGCUACCUGUUGUGUGGAAAAAGGAAAACGAAUUCAUUUUCCCAUCGGCGACUUUAUGAUGAUAGAAACGAACCAGUUCUGCGAUUAGACAAUGCACCGGAACCUUAUGAUGUGAGUUUUGGGAAUGCUAGUUACUUCAACAACUCAACUGUGAAUGAUUCAUCCAUGCCAGCAGGUCGAGAAAAUGCACGUGAUGGCAUUCCUAUGGAUGACAUACCUCCACUUCGUACCUCAGUAUAAAACUAAGGGAAAAAAGGCUCCCGAUGGCAAGUUUUUACCUACAUCCUGGCCUUUUCACCAACCCAUCCUCCAAAUGCUGAAGCAAGAUCACAGUCAUGUGGCUUGUGCCAAGAAGAACUGUAAAAGCCUGAGCCUAGUAGCAAAAACAAAGGAUAAAUCAUCCAAAAGGUUUCCUUUUUUGCCAUUUUUGGCUGUGUUGAAGCAUCUAUGGGGUAACCUUCAUUUGUAUUUUGGUCCUUUUUUUUUUUUUUUUUAGUAAGAAUUGUUUGUGGACUCACAUAAGACUAAAAGAUUUCAUCUUGAUUGCCCUGCUUGGUAAUUUAAUUUAAAAAAUCCUUCAAUGAAAACAGGGAGCCAAAACUACAUUUUUACUUUUUUUGGACAAAAAUCAGUGGAUUGACUCUUUACUGCUCCCCCUAUGAUCCUAAUGCUAUGCAUCACAGUUGGAUUUCUGUUGAAGGAACACUGGAAGUAAUUUUUUUCAAUUUUUUUUUUUACUUAAAGCUACAGAGUAUGGCACAAAACUUCUGUUUCUGAGAAAUGUAGGGAAUGGGAGUUAGAGGCCUGUCUUCUAGUACAGUUUACGUUUCUGCAUUAGCACUUACAUGGUCAGUCCCUUCAACUGCCAAGUUAACAAUGACUUUGCAUUCAACAGGGCUGCUAGGAAAGCUGACCCUAACCAGGAACGCAAUUGUUUUUCUUCAAAGGAUAGAGGAUUCCAACCUGUCUGAUUUACUUUAAGCCUCAAUUAAUUGGGUACUUUAAAAACUCAAUGAGAAACAUGGUGAAAAAAGUCAGCCAAAGUUGUGUACCUGCACAUAAUUUUUCCAGUUUUAAGAUGUUAGACAGGAACAGAAUUUAUUAUGUAUUAGACAUUACUGAUCAAUCAUAUAUGGAAUAGAUUCUGCAUCUCUAAAUAUAUUAAAAAUACAAAAUGGAAAUGUUAAGCAAACAAAAAAUUUUCUGAGCAUCAGUUUCAAGAGAGAAAAUACCAGAAGCUUAACUUGAGUUAUAGCAUGUUUCAGUUUGCUUUUAAUCAUCAUCUGCUUCUGGCAGAAAAAAAUGUUCUUUAGUUCAGGAAGGUCAAGGCUUUAGGGAUUAGAGAAUUAGGUCAAGAGGUGCAUUCCCAGAGGAGCAGUGAAUGUGUGAAGAGGACAAAGAGACUAUGUUGAACUGAUACAUGGUGCGCAUGUGUGAGCGUGGGUGUGUGUGCGCGCACGUGUGUGUUUAUGAAGAGAGAGAGCAAUAGCCUCAGAGAGUGAGGGCUAGGAAGUAAUAGAAAAACAUACUUACCCCAUAUUGCCAUAAAAAUAGCAAAGAAGACUGUCCCUCCAUUAUCAAACAAGUAUGUCACCUUAAUGGAAAACAAACAAAACUAUUAGUCACACUGUUGGUUAUAAUAAUCCAGUGACCGCGGUUUGCAUUUAGGUCUUACAGUUUUUUCCCCCAAUGGAGUCACAUUAUUUUGUAGUUUGUAAAUGUAAGACAGGAAAUCAUCUCAUGGUUCCUACAACUGUUUCCUGUGACUUUCUCAUGGGGAGAUGUAAAGGAUCAGCAUUUCCCCCCCUUUUCUUCGCUAUUCUCUUUUAUUCCUUUUGAACUCCAUCUUCAUUUCUGCUUAGAAAUGGUUCUAGCACCUCGAAGAAGUAUUUGUGGGCCACAGAGAGUCAAACUGCAGUGUGAGCUGGAAGAAGUCAGCUUUGCAGUUGAGGCACACAUAGUUGGACUUCCCGUCAGCAAAACAUCCAGGACUGGGGAAGUUGUUGCAAAACACAGAAUUUCACUAGUGAGGCCAAACUCCAAUCACAGUGCCAUCCCUACUCUCUGACGUCUUUCAGAAUUGACCAUGGCCCACUAGUGGCUAUAACAGGCAAUGAAUUCCACCUUAAGUCAUUUUUCAGAAAUUUCAUAAAUCACUGACAUGUAGCAUCUAGUCCAAGUGUUUCUGAAUCAGACAUUACCCGAAGUUCUAUAAAGAACAAUGUACAGUGAGAUAAUGUUAUUGAGUACAAUUUUCAGGGUUGCAAGAAUUGUUUGAUUUUAAUAAAGUGUAAAUUCAAUUUA